UCUGAUUAUUGUCUGUACAUCAAUCUGAUCAAUUUUUUUUCUCCCUUGAUCAACUUGAUUUGAUUUGAUUUUUCCAAAAAAAUGAAAUUCAUUCAAUUCAAUUAUUAUUCUUUAUUUUGUUUUUAUUUUAUUUUGAUUAUCUUCCUAACAACAGCAUCAGCCAAACGACUUCGAUUACCAAUGCUGUUACGUAGUAAUAAUAAAUUUGAAUGUUACAAUAAUGUUUGUAUAUUUAGUGUAAAAGGUUUUACUACUGUACAGAAAAAUGAUCAAACAACUAGAUUGGUUAGUGAUGAUGAUGAUUCUAAACAACAACAGCAACAACAAAAUCAAUAUCAUUUGCAAAUUAAAGAAUAUUCGCUGCUCAGGAUGGCUAGAUUUUAUUUUAAAGCUUCGUUUUCAUCGAUGAAUGACGGUAAAAAACAACAAACGCAAUCAAAAACAAAUAUUGCAUGUCUUAUCGUCGAUUAUUUAGUUAAUGGUAAUGAGAAAUAUCAAUUAAUCGUUAGUCAACAAUCAACCGAAACGGGAAAAGUGCACGUAUUAAAUCAACAACAACAACAACAGCAAAUAAAACAUAAUUCCAGUAAUAACAUUGACAAAUGGAAUACAAUCUAUGUAAAUCUGGAAAAAGAAAAUCUUGAAAAAGAUACAUUUAUAUUUGAAGUUAUUUGUCAGAAAAAUUGUACGAAUGGAUCAACAUUUUCAUUGUUACGUAUCAAUCUAAAUCAAGAUAAAUGUUUAUCAACAACUUGACCAAAAAAGCAACUUGAAAUUGACCAAAAACUUUUGACCAACAAAAAAACAUUCCAAUUCCCUUCAAACAUGACUUUGUUUUGUUU